ACUAGCACAGAAGGAAUGAAAUCAGAGCUCCGCAGCAAUGGCGAAUAGUAGUCGUAUGGGACGACUCAGAGAAGGGUUUUUUCAGGUUCCGUUGUGCGGCGAAGCGCAUGAAAUUGAACACUCAUCUAGAGACGGCAGCCACUACAGCCUUUCUACGGGCAUUCUUCCUCCUCUGGGUGCUCGAAGCAACCGCGGAGUUAAACUCCGCCGGUUUAUUGUCUCUCCCUAUGAUCGCCGUUAUAGGUCAUGGGAGACUUUUCUGGCCGCCCUGGUCCUAUAUAUUGCUUGGGUAUCUCCUUUUGAAUUCGGUUUUCUUUCAUACCCAGCAGGAACUCUCUCUAUUAUUGAUAAUGUUGUGAACAGUUUCUUCGCAAUUGACAUUGUUCUCACUUUCUUUGUGGCAUACAUGGAUAAAACCACAUACCUUCUUGUCGAUACCCCCAAACGGAUCGCUUGGCGUUAUGCAAGUACUUGGUUCAUAUUUGAUGUCAUUUCCACAAUCCCUCCAGAAGUCGCUUGUAAAAUCUCACCUCCUUUAAGCUUGUAUGGUUUAUUCAGUAUGCUUCGCCUCUGGCGUCUCCGUAGAGUUAGUGCCCUAUUUGCCAGGGGGAAUUUGAUGCAAGGCUGCUGAUGAAACACAAUGUGAUCUGUUGAGUGUAAUGCAGGUUACCCUUUUUGCGGUUCAUGUUGCUGGGUGCUUCUAUUAUUUCCUUGCUGCUCAUUAUCAUGACCCAAAGAAAACUUGGAUUGGGGCAUCUAUGGAAGAUUUCCGUCACCAGAAUCUAGGGAUUCGUUAUGUUACUUCUAUAUAUUGGUCAAUCACAACUCUGACGACAGUUGGUUAUGGUGACCUGCAUGCUGAGAACACUAUGGAGAUGAUAUUCACCAUGUUCUACAUGCUCUUUAACUUGGGGCUGACAGCAUACUUAAUAGGAAAUAUGACGAAUUUAGUAGUUCAUCGUACAAGCAAGACCAGACAAUUUAGAGAUGCAAUUCAAACAGCCUCAAGUUUUGCACACAGGAAUCAGUUGCCCGCUCGCCUCCAAGAACAGAUGCUUGCUCACUUGUGCUUGAAGUUCAGAACAGAUUCAGAGGGACUGCAGCAGCAAGAGACACUUGAUUCCCUCCCCAAAGCUAUCCGGUCAAGCAUAUCACAUUUUCUGUUUUACUCUUUGGUUGAUAAUGUCUAUCUUUUUCGGGGAGUAUCAAAUGAUUUGCUCUUCCAACUAGUCUCAGAGAUGAAAGCAGAGUACUUUCCCCCCAAAGAGGAUGUAAUUCUUCAAAAUGAAGCACCAACAGACUUCUACAUUCUUGUGACGGGAGCUGUGGAUCUACUGGUCUACAAAAAUGGAGUUGAACAGGUUGUUGGUGAGGCCAAGACUGGUGAUCCUGUUGGUGAAAUUGGGGUUCUUUGUUAUAGGCCUCAGCUAUUCACAGUCCGUACAAGAAGAUUGAGUCAGCUUCUACGACUGAACCGUACUUCAUUUUUAAAUAUAGUUCAGUCCAAUGUUGGAGAUGGAACCAUCAUUAUGAAUAACCUCCUUCAGCAUUUGAAGAAUGCAAGGGAUCCCAUUAUGGUGGGAGUCCUCUUACAGACAGAGAACAUGUUAGCCCGAGGAAGAAUGGACCUACCUCUCACCCUUUGCUUUGCCGCACUCAGAGGAGAUGAUUUAUUGUUGCGCCAUCUGCUGAAGCGGGGCCUUGACCCAAAUGAAUCUGACAACAAUGGAAGAUCUGCUCUUCAUAUAGCAGCAUCCAAAGGAUGUGAGAACUGUGUAGCUCUUCUGUUGGACUUUGGAGCUGAUCCGAACUGCAUAGGGUUUUGUCAUAAUAAGUGGUGGAGACAGGGAGGGACUGGAGGGGGUCUUGCCCCCCCCCCCCAAAUAUAUUUAUUUAGGCCCCGGCCCCGGCCCCCCUAACGUGACAUCUUUGGAUCUGCCUGUUUGUCAACUUAGGAUCUAUAAUGACAGAGAAGGGAGUAUACCGGUGUGGGAGGCCAUCUUGGGAAAGCAUGAAUCAAUCAUCAGGCUGUUGAUAGGCAAUGGUGCUGAACUGUGCCGAGGUGACAUGGGUCGUUUUGCGUGCAUAGCGGCCGAAGAAAACAACAUGGACCUACUCAAAGAAAUUGUACAGUGGGGUGGGGAUGUCACCCGUCCCAAAGCCAAUAAUGGAUCAACAGCACUCCAUAUUGCAGUGUGCGAGGGAAACCUUGAGAUGGUCAAGUACCUUGUGAACCAAGGGGCUGAUAUCGACAAACCCGAAGAAAACGGGUGGACCCCAAAGAGCCUGGCUGAACAGCAAGGCCACGAGGACAUCAAACAACUAUUUCUUGAGCUCUCCAAGAAAGAGAAGAACAAAACCACGUCUUAUGUUGUUAAUAACAAUUUUAUAACAGUACCCCUAGGUGAAGAAAGGAAUGAGGUUCAGUUCUUGGGGAGGUUUAAGAGCGAGCCGACCAUCCCUCUUUCUUCUUCACUCCAGGUGACAACUGAAGGGUCCUCAGGUUGGGGUCGAUCUAGGAGGAGGACUAACACCUUCCACAACUCAUUAUUUGGAAUACUAUCAGCUGCUGCCCGAAACGGAGGAGACCAACAAGGAAGCUUGCCUCAACAAGGAAGCUUGCCUACAUAUCCUGCUGGGAAUGCAACUGCAAAAACUGUGAGUGGGAUGAAGACCUGUGUUACUGCCAGGGUCACUGUGAGUUGUCCUGAGAAAGGAGAUGUCUCCGGGGUGGUUGUGAUGCUUCCUAGUAGCUUCCAAGAGCUACUUCAGAUUGGCAUUAAGAAAUACGGAUUCUUGCCAGAAAAAGUUUUGAGCAAAGAGGGAGCAGAGAUUGAUUGUAUAGAGUUGAUCAGAGAUAAUGAUCACUUGGUUUUUGCAAUGUGAUGGUAAAACCAGCUACACUGUCUGCCACACCACACUUUCUUUCCAUUGGCUGUGGGAGGUGUUGUUGUGGCUGCUCAUUAGCCUCUUCUACUAACUGCUAACUAAAUGUAAACAUGCCUGCCUUGGUGCAGAUGUAUACCAAAUCACACAUCCACACCAUAUGUGAGGGCUUUGUGCGACACGUUUACGCGCAGUCCAAGCUGAUCCCCUUUUUCUGAUUCUAUAAUUCAUUAAAUAGGUAUGGACAUACACACGUUUUUAUUUCUCUGUUUUUGUUUCUCUGAUCGCUCCCCUGCCUCUAGGGGUAAGUGCCGGUCAAGGACUGGACCAAAGC